AGAGAUGUUUUAUCUACUAGUUCCUGGUCGUUCUGUUACUUCCUCGUUGAAUUCCGCUGAACACUUCAAAGACUCUCUGUCACCGCCUUGAUUCAUAAAGAAAACUUUUUUUAAAUUUUUGUUGUUAUAUUCCCAAUAGAUGUAAUCACAUGAGCUGGAAUGUGUUUAAUCGUUACCAGUUUGCUCUGUCCUAAAACAUCUCUGUCGCGUUUCUCUCCUCUUUGUUCUUUUUUUCUCUCUCGGCUGUCUUGAGAACACUCUUUUCAUUGGUUCCCCAUUUCAUGAACUCCACUGCUCUGAACACAUGGAAACUUUUAUUGUUGAAUGUUCAAUAUAUUUUCUCCCGUCGCCUCUGAAAGCUGAUUUUCUCCCAACAGGAGAGUGUUGAUUUUUCCAACAGAACAUAAACGAACAGCAGAACAGCAGUAGAUUGUCUUGUUGUUGCAUUCAGACUUUAUUGAACCCUGGUUUCCACAAUGGACCCAAUUUAACUCCGAGCAACUGAGGGGGCGUCGGCGAGACUCGAACCGAACAGCCAUGGCAGAGCUAACUCAUAUGAUAGACAGCGAGGUGUUCCUGGCCUUCUCUACCUACGCCACUGUCGUCGUCCUCAAGAUGAUGCUGAUGUCUCCUAUGACUGCAUACUUCCGAUUCACGAGAAAGUGUUUUGCCAACAUGGAAGACACAGGGAUGGCUAAGACUCCAGAGGACAAGAAGAGGAUGCUGAGAGUUGACCCGGAUGUGGAACGUGUGAGAAGAUGCCACCAGAACGACCUGGAGAACAUCAUCCCGUUCGUAGUGAUUGGUCUGCUGUAUACCCUGACGGGGCCCGACCUCUCCACUGCUCUGCUCCACUUCCGGGUGUUUGUUGGUUCCAGGCUCUUCCACACGGUGGCCUACGUCCUCCCCCUGCCCCAACCCAGCAGAGGUCUAGCUUGGAUGGUUGGCAUGGGCGCUACCUUCUCCAUGGCAUACAGAGUGCUAAGCUCAACGCAUCUCUGAAGAGGCGAUCAAUCAAUUAAUAAUUAAUCAGAUUGAUUGAUUCAAAGUUUUCAGAUGGCCUAAAAUAGUCCUCGGGACACUCUACCUCUGAGGAGACACCCACACAUUUAUUAGACCUGGGUCAAAUAGGCUACAUAAUGUUAAAUACAUUUGACAGUGCUUGAUUGUACUUGGAGUUUGCACUUCUGGGACUAUUCUAUUUGUUCUGUUGUAUCAGGCAGACUAACUAUAUAUUCUCUGCACGUUUUGUUUUUAACUCAGCACUGAAUUUGAUCUGUGCAAAAAAAAAAAGGAUUAAUAUCAGCAAAAAAAUAAUUAAACUAAACAGUAGGGCUCGAUUCAAUCUAUUUCACGGAAGGUCAAUGCUAGAGCGCGGUAGACAUUGAACGGCAACGUUCUCGCGGAAACUCCAUUCAAGGUAAACUCUGCAUACAUUCGGAAACUACAUUUCACAUUUCAAGUGCGCUAGAGCGCUGACCUUAGGCGAUACGGAUUCAAUGGAGCCCUAAACUAAAAUCAAGUGUAGUUCAGUAUCCGAUACCGCAUGUAUAAUCUGCCUAUUUUUACCCACAUCAAAUCACCAGUUUAUUGGUCGCGUACACAGAUUUGCAGAUGUUAUCGCAUGUGCUGUAAAAUGAUAGUGUUUCUAGGUCCAAUAGUGCAGUCAUACCGAGCAAUGCAUUAAAAUGAAUAAAACAUACACACAUGACCCGG